AUGCAUCGCCUGGUCUACCUCGGCAACGCCGCGCUUCGCCAAGUCUCGACGAACGUCAAGGACGUCCAUGACAUGCGCUCGAUCGUCUCAGCCAUGACCAGCAUCGUCGGCGAGCACCAAGGCUUGGGCCUCGCGGGGCCGCAGAUUGGCGUCAACAAGCGUCUCUUCCUCAUGGUCAAGGACUUGCCUGAAGACGAGGAGACGCCGCUGACGUACGAGCCGAUCUUCAACCCGCGGAUCGUCUCGAGCUCGAAGGAGAUGACACGCGACUUUGAAGGCUGCUUGAGCUUCCCGGGGUACCAAGGCGUCGUCGCCCGGUCGUCCGACAUUGAAGUGCUCUACACGAACGCGGACGGGAAGGAGACGCACCGCGAGCUCAGCGGUCUCCACGCGCGCGUCUUCCAGCAUGAGCUCGACCACUUGGACGGCGUCAUGUUCCUCGACAAGUGCAACGUCAACUCGCUCAUCCACAACGACGAAUUCACUCAAAUGGACUUUCUGCAGCUCCAGCUGCUGCUCCUCAAUGACGACGACGACGACGCGUAG